UAGAACAGUUCAUCUCCUUCCUCCUGCGUCCGCGAAGCUCUAGACUAGAGUCAGCCCUGAUGACUAGUUUUUAGACGACUGAAAUCCCUGGGGUAGUGUAGCAGAUAGUAGUUUCUUGUAGUGAGGCUAGGUUUAUUCCUCCCGAGUCCAGUUGCAAGUAGCGAUCGCUUCACUACACCUUUCCUCUACCGUUUCGUUGUCGUUGGGCCGCUAUUUCUAGUCAGUUGGUUGGCAUGGACUCCUCUGGGAACUUCGUCAUCUCUAUAUUUAUCACCGCACUACUUGUCGGUAUAGCUGUGUACCCGAUUGCUGGUGCAGCACUCCCAAAGGACCUCUCACCACUUGCCUGGUUGCAAUACCACGACCAGCGCAUCAGCGAUGCCGCACAUAGGAGGAUUCAACGAAUGGUGGACCUUGAUGGCAGGUCUGUGCCUGAGGAUAAUGAUUCUAGAGGGCCUGAUGGCGGGCCGAAUGUAGGACCGAUCGAAUCGGCAACGGAAGCUGUGGCGGUCAUAGAUGUUCUUGGCUCCACGGCGGUGGAUCCUGAUAACAGCUCUACACCAGAGGAUGACAGUAACAGCACCGCCAGUGUAAUAGAGCUGACUAAAUCCAGGACGGAAGCUGUGACAGAUAGGCCGGGCUCCUUGGCUGCAAUAUGGCGUGGUCGUUUCCCUAUCAAAUCGUUCUUUCAAAGAGGAGAGCUCGCGAAAUACUACGAGCUUGCGAUUCAACUCGACCUUACCAACAUCAAGCAGUGGGUUGCCCAACGGUGUGUAACGACGCUGACACUCAUAAACCCUGCUUGUUCACAGCCAUGUAUCGAUGAUUUGGAGCACCCUGAUUGCUGGCUAUGUAAGAUGUGGUGCACUCCUAAGAGACAAACGAUUGUGGACUAUCACUGGCGUGAACGUCCAACUCCAGCACCACCACGUCAAGAGAACUCCACAGAGCCGUAUUAUGACGAGUGGGAGCUAUUCAUGCUGAUGAUGUCAUUUCCAUGGGUAUGAGAGAGGUUGUUGACUAGAAGCUGAUCGAAAAGCCGGAGCUGUGUCUCAUUAGGUGUGUUUGUGUUCGUCUGUGUGUGGGUGUGUGGGUGUGGGCGUCUGUGUGUCAGCAUGCAGGCAACAGGUUAGGUAUGUAUGUGGGUGGGUGUGGGUGUGGGUGUGGUAGUCUCCCUCACAUGCACAUACACACUGGGAGGGAAGUACUUACUCUGUUUAUCACUUGUUCCAUUCGUUAGUGAUUCUUGCACAACUGUUGAAUGAGGUAGAAACGCUUGCGCAGCUAUACCAUCUCAUGACGUAGCCUUUUGCUUCUUGAUUUGAUCUUUUUCAUGCCGCUAACCCCCUUGAAGCUUUGAAUGAAUAUUUUUUGCAUGCGUUGAGACUUGGUCGUCGCUUCUGCAGUGGAAGUACUUCAAAAUAAUCCGGAGUAGCGCCAAACACCCAUUUCACUAUUAUUAGAGGGGUUUCUUUGAAUUCGCUGGUGCAGAACACCGUCUGCUUGGUUGCAUUAUUCGCCGCUUGCUAAGUUGUGAUGCAUGGCACGUUGAUUUACGUUGGACCUCUUAGAUAUCUUGCCUUGCUUUGGGUUUGCGUGCAUUACCAACUACUCUAUAAUUAUUGUAAAUAACGAUGAUUGCGUUGCGGAA